AUGUCUACUGAUCAGGUACCCAUCGUGACUCCUGAGGACCUUCAACACUUCCAGGCGAAACAUUUCCCAAACACUGGCAACGCCCAAGCUCCAGAAUUCGCCCACGAAUCGUACGAUGACAACAAGGAUGAUGAAGAUGGACUAGGCUACUAUCCAGACGGCGUGAAGCGGACCCUUACCGACGAACAGAUUCGAAUCUUCAGGCACAGCGAGAUCCACGCAAUUCUCCGUGAGAGACAGAUCAAGCAAGAAAAUGAGGAAUAUGAAAAGAGGGUCUCAGCGCAGGUCGGAGGCUCUGGUGCUUCUGGUCAAGCGGGUUCGAUAGGAGAGGACGUUCAAGCUCAAUCUAGUGACCAGGCGAGUCUUGACUCGAGUGCGGCAGGGGUAAAGCGUCCUGCGGCCAAAGCUGCGUCGAAGGGGUCCGUGGUGAAGAGACAGGCAACUGCGCCCGCAGAUGUGUCGCUGGACUACAGGGAGGAAAGUCCUGCUCAGCAACCCACUCGCAAGCCCGCGGCUUCUCACUUCGCUGGACGGAGGAUAAUUUCGUACGAUGAUUGA